CAAUUUCCAUUAUUUUAUACCAAAAAUAAAUAAUAAUUUAUCUCACCGAUUUCAGCAUGGCUUUUUUCAGUAAAUUACAAAUUGUUCUGGGAUUUCUGUCCCUGCUGCAUGCGGCAUAUUCGGCGGCACAACACCGUGCCUACCUCCGGAUCACGGAACAGGAGUUUACGCAGUUGCCUAUCGAUAUCGUAUUCCAAGCCAUCGCCAGCCUGCUGCUCAUCAUCUACAACAUCCUGCAGGUGGUGGGAGAGUUUAAGGAGAUCCGGGCGGCGGUAGAUUUGCAGGCCAAGUCGUGGGAAACGCUUUCGAACAUACCGUCGUUCUACACCUUCAACCAUCGCGGCAAAGCACUUUCGCCCUUUUAUGAGCCACUGAACCCGGAGGCUUACGAUCGAGUGUACGCAUCGGACGCGUUACAAGAAUGAUUGUACCAAGCUACCAAAAACACACCAUU